UUAUGCAUAUUUUGAUAUAUUAAAAUAACAAAUUAGUUACGUAUUAAUGAAGCUAUAUCACACUACCCAAGAGCAGCCGUAUGGGGUUCUCUACUUAAUUUGCAAAUAAUAAAUCUGAGUAUAUUAUCAGUAUGCGAAAAGUUUGGAAUUAAGAAAAUUAGGAAAUUAGAAGCUACCCAGUCAAAAGUGCACAAAGUUUCAUCAUAAGUGGAUCCCCGGGAGCUCUGAUUCUCAAACUGAUCUGAUCUCAUGCCGACAAUUUUGUUUUUCAAUUUCGCAAAAAAAGAUAGAAAAGAGUUUGAAAGGUUUAAUUAUUAUCUGGUUCAUAUUCAGUAUAUGGUUUACAUUUUCAAAACAUACUGAGCUAAGCGGUGAACGGGUCAAAGUUCAAUUUCUGUUGUGCUGGUUGGUUGUUGACUGUCGUAUUUUAAUAAGCUCGAAACAGCUUUCCAAAAUGCCAAUGCCAAUGAGUGGUGGAAUGCAUCAGCAACACGGUUCCAGUUGCUUUGACCGCAUGAAAACCGGAUUCAUGCUAGGGUUUUGUAUAGGAAUGGCGUCUGGAGCCAUUUUUGGGGGAUUUGGGGCGCUUAGGAUGGGCUUAAGGGGAAGAGACCUCGUUAAUAACGUCGGGAAAGUAAUGCUGCAGGGAGGAGGUACUUUUGGCACAUUUAUGGCAAUUGGAACAGGGAUCAGAUGCUAAUGAUACUCGUUAAGAUUGAAACAGCUUUUACAAUAAUAAUAUUGUUAUUUUGGAAGCGUAAAGUGCCCAGUGUUUCUUACAAUGAAAGAAAUAACUAAAAUUUGUUGAGUCAAUUAUGACGAUAGAUAAUAAUUUAUAGUAUGUAGUGACAAGAACCAAUCCAAACUUUGUUUAGACUUUUAUUAAAUAAUGUUUGCAGUUCUACCGCAAAUUACUCAUAAACAAUGUUUGUACAGGUUUGUCAAGAGCGUGUAGUUUCAUUUAAAUAUUUACCACAUAUUUUAUAAAAUACAAAUAGAAUUGUUUGCAAGUUGUAAAUUACAAGUUAAACUAGGAAAAUAAAUCCUUCAGCUCGGAAAA